AUGACUGCUGAACUGUUGCAGCUCAAAAACCAAUUCUACGAUCUUGCCAAGGAACUCCUCGGUCAACUCGAUCCUUCAGAAGCUCAAGAAAAGACAUCAGCGGCAAACACCUACCAUGUGGAAGGCACGUUCGCGGGGUUCUUAAGCAAAAAUAUCCUGGAGCAAUGCGAGCGCCGCCUGCCUCACGCAUCUAGACCCGUCUGUUUGGAUUCUUCACAGAGUCAACGGGAUCAUACAUUAGCAAUGGCCGCACUGUUAAUUCCUAUCUAUAAUUUAAUAGCUAAGUAUCACUUAACGCAGGUAAUGAGUUGUGCAAGCAGGCGUCUUGUCACAACCAUUGACGACACAGCGUUUCCUGUAAGGACUCUCAGUGGCGCCUCUUUAUCUAUAGAAGACAUCCUAACCGUGAAGACCCCUAACGCGUGGCUAAAUGACGAAGUAAUCAAUGCACAGGUGUCACUUAUAAAUGCUCGUUGCAAGGGGCUUUCAAUUGCAAACACACACCUUUAUAGCAAGGCUUUGUCCUCAGGACCAUACGGGCUAGAGGCCUGGCUCCGUCCUCUUCUAUCCCAGCCAAUAGAAACCUUUGUUAUACCAAUGAAUCUAAACAACACACACUGGACAGCAUGCUCUAUACAUCUUCAAGGGCAUUUUGUUUUCUGCUUUGAUUCUAUGCGUGCCAUUAACACACGCACAAUCAAACCAGUUCUCCUGCUUCUGUUAACUUACGCAGAUAUGUUUGGAUUGACCAGGGAUGUCAUACAUAGGAGCUUAGUAGUUUUGUUCCCGGGGUUCGCACGCACAUUCAUAGAGAUAGAUGAGGAGGAGCAUAUACUUGAAGAGCUAGCUAGUAUUGAGAAACAACGUGCCAAUAUUGCAUUACUUUCACAGAGCGUCGGAGAAAACAUAGAUACAAUAUCAAUUUCGUCCACAGGAUCAGAUGCAGAGCUUAGUUCGGUGCAGGCUGUACUCACUUCAUCUGCCAACACAGAUACCAGGCCCAAACGAAUCUUCGAGAAGCUUGCACUUCAGCGUCCACGAUCGUCGUACUACUUGUUGCACAGGAUGAGGCUUAGUAUGUGUGGUAUAUCCAAUUCCACGGACAGUACCGGGCUCCUCUCCAGACCAACGAUUGACACUAAAGAGCAGGAUGAUCUAAUAGCUACCAGGGGAGCCCCUACAUCUCCCGCAGCUGCAAACAUAGUUCUGGAGAUCUUAUCUACCCUUACUGCAUGCACAGCAGACAUUGAAGUCGCAGGGCAAAGGCUUCACGAUGAGGGGCUUGACACUCUUUUGGAUUCCCCUUCAAGUGAUCUCCUGUUUGUAGAUGUGAAGACAGCAGAGAUAGCUUUGCACAAGCUGCGUAGAGAAUACAACAUUGGGAGCCUGCUUACUUCUGCUGCAGAAGCAGUAAUGCUUUCACUGAAUAUGCCUCAGCAAGAAAAUGGGUAUGAUUGCGGAGUCUAUAUGCUGUUAUUUAUGAAGAUGAUUGCACGUCAGUUUGGACCUGGCUAUCCACUUGUGGCCCAGGACACCAAGAGAGUAAGGUCCCUUAUAACUAUGGAGGUGUGUAAGCAAAAGCUACUGAUCACCCCGCAAGAUCUGGACGAGCUCUGCUAG